CCUCUACUCUCCUAUCCCGACUGACGUUGGAUAACAAAGAUGGCUGCAGGAACCAGCAAUUAUUGGGAAGAUCUCAGGAAACAGGCUCGACAGCUGGAAAAUGAACUUGACCUGAAACUAGUUUCCUUCAGUAAACUAUGUACAAGUUACAGUCACAGCAGUACUCGAGAUGGAAGACGCGACAGGUAUAGCUCUGACACAACACCCCUUUUAAAUGGAUCAAGCCAAGACAGAAUGUUUGAAACAAUGGCCAUUGAGAUUGAACAGCUUUUGGCAAGGCUUACAGGAGUAAAUGAUAAAAUGGCAGAAUAUACCAACAGUGCAGGUGUCCCGUCUUUGAAUGCAGCACUGAUGCAUACAUUACAGCGACAUAGAGAUAUAUUGCAGGAUUAUACACAUGAAUUCCAUAAAACCAAAGCAAACUUCAUGGCAAUACGGGAAAGGGAGAAUCUCAUGGGAUCAGUACGAAAGGAUAUUGAGUCAUAUAAAAGUGGGUCUGGAGUGAACAACAGAAGAACUGAACUGUUUUUGAAAGAACAUGACCACCUUCGAAACUCAGAUCGUCUGAUAGAAGAGACAAUAAGCAUUGCUAUGGCAACAAAAGAAAAUAUGACUUCACAGAGAGGAAUGUUGAAGUCAAUUCAGAGCAAAAUGAAUACUUUGGCCAAUCGUUUUCCUGCUGUGAACAGCCUGAUCCAACGAAUCAAUCUUAGGAAACGGCGAGACUCCCUCAUCCUGGGCGGUGUUAUUGGUGUCUGUACCAUCCUAUUGCUGCUGUAUGCUUUCCACUGAGGAACAUCUCCAGGGACUCUUGACAACCACCACUUUCACACCCUGAUCCGGAAUAAGGAAAAAUAGGAAGGAGAAGUUGAUUGUCCUGAUGAUUAGCCUGACCAACAGGAUUAAUUCAAGACUGAUGGUGAUGGACUCUG